AUGAAGCUCUGUGCGGCUCUUCGAUGGACGGUCAAGGUGUUUGUUUUGUGUCUCGUGCUGGGAACCGCGGUCCUGUUAAAUCCUGAGGACCCCAAUGUCUGCAGCCACUGGGAAAGUUAUGCUGUCACAGUGCAGGAGUCCUAUGCCCACCCCUUUGAUCAGAUAUACUACACUCGGUGCACAGACAUUCUAAACUGGUUCAAAUGCACGAGGCACAGAAUAAGCUACAAGACAGCAUAUCGGAGAGGACUAAGGACCAUGUACCGACGUCGAUCUCAGUGCUGCCCCGGAUACUAUGAGAGUGGAGACUUCUGUGUCCCGCUGUGUACCGAGGAGUGUGUUCACGGCCGCUGCGUGUCCCCGGAUACCUGUCACUGUGAGCCCGGCUGGGGUGGUGCAGACUGCUCGAGUGGUUGUGACAGUGAGCACUGGGGGCCGCACUGCAGUAACCGCUGCCAGUGCCAAAAUGAAGCGCUGUGUAAUCCCAUCACUGGUGCCUGCGUUUGCUCGGAUGGAUACAGAGGAUGGCGCUGCGAGGACUGGUGCGACCCAGGGACCUAUGGUAAGGCCUGCCAGCUGAGGUGCCAGUGCCAGAAUGGUGCAACAUGUGAUCACAGGACCGGCGAGUGUCACUGCGCCCCGGGAUACACAGGAGCUUUCUGUGAAGAGCUUUGCCCACCUGGGAGCCACGGGGCUCUGUGUGAACUGCGCUGCCCUUGCCAGAAUGGGGGAGUCUGCCAUCAUGUAACUGGAGACUGCGCGUGUCCAGCCGGGUGGACGGGCUCCGUCUGUGCCCUGCCAUGCCCAUCUGGGAGAUACGGGAUGAACUGCAGCCAAGAGUGCCAGUGCCACAAUGGUGGCCAAUGCGACCCAGUGACCGGAAGGUGUCAGUGUGCAGCAGGAUACACGGGAGAGAGAUGCCAGGAAGAGUGUCCAGUUGGUACAUAUGGGUCCCAGUGUGCGGAGCGAUGUGACUGUCAGAACGGGGCCAAGUGUUAUCACAUUAAUGGGGCAUGUCUAUGUGAACCCGGCUUCAAGGGCAUCCUCUGCGAGGACCGCGUGUGCCCCGAGGGGCUUUAUGGCUUGAAGUGCAACAAGAACUGCCCCUGUAACCUCACCAACACCCGUGGCUGCCACCCUCUGUCUGGGGAGUGCACCUGCAGGGCCGGCUGGAGCGGCCUGUACUGCGAGGAGCCCUGCCGGCCAGGCUUCUAUGGAGAGGACUGCCAACAGCUGUGCUCCUGUCACAAUGGGGCAGACUGUGACAGUAUGACGGGGAGAUGCCUGUGUGCUCCUGGCUACACGGGAUAUGAUUGCUCAGCAUCCUGUCCAUCGGGAACAUUUGGAGCUAAUUGCUUGUCACAGUGUAACUGCAAGAACGCGGCCCUCUGCUCCCCUGUGGAUGGGUCUUGCGUGUGCAGAGAAGGUUGGCUGGGGAUAGACUGUUCCAUCCCAUGCCCUAGUGGAAUUUGGGGUCUGGAUUGCAAUCAAACCUGUACCUGUCUGAAUGAUGCCUCCUGCAGCCCUGUGGAUGGGAGAUGUACCUGUGCCGCAGGCUGGAUGGGGGAUAUCUGUGACCAGCCGUGCCCGGAUGGCACGUAUGGUCUGGACUGCGCAGAACAAUGCGAUUGCAGCCAUGCGGACGGAUGCGACACAGUCAGCGGUCAAUGUCGCUGUCUUGCCGGGUGGACAGGUGUUCACUGUGACAAUGUGUGUGCGCAGGGACGUUGGGGACCUAACUGCUCAAUGACGUGUCACUGCGAGAACGGAGGAUCAUGCUCACCAGAAGAUGGGAGCUGCGAGUGUGCUCCAGGGUAUCGGGGAGCCUUGUGCCAAAGAAUUUGUUCUCCUGGAUUUUAUGGACAUGGCUGCAGCCAGAUAUGCCCCCAGUGUGUUCAUUGUAAUGGGCCGUGUCACCACGUCACAGGCCACUGCGAUUGCUUGCCAGGAUUUUACGGGCCGCUCUGCAACCAAGUUUGCCCCAGUGGUAGAUAUGGAAGGAGCUGCACAGAGAUGUGUACGUGUAGCAACAAUGCAACCUGCAACCCUAUAGAUGGAACAUGCCAGUGUUACCCAGGCUGGAUUGGCAGCGACUGCUCUGAUGAAUGUCCUCCAGGCCUCUGGGGCCCGGAUUGUAUCCACACGUGUAAUUGCCACAAUGAAGCGGAGUGCAGCGCGUAUGAUGGCGAGUGUAAAUGCACGCCCGGCUGGACAGGGCUCUACUGCACUCAAAGGUGCCCGUCAGCCUUUUAUGGAAAGGACUGUGCCAACGUCUGCCAGUGCCACAAUGGAGCAGACUGUGACCAUAUCACCGGGCAGUGCACAUGUAGAACCGGAUUCACAGGGAAGCACUGUGAGCAAAAGUGCCCUCCAGGGACAUUCGGAUACGGCUGCCGUCAACUUUGCGAGUGUUUGAAUAAUGCCACCUGUGACCAUGUAACCGGGACCUGUUAUUGUAACCCUGGAUUCAAGGGCAUCCGCUGUGACCAGGCCGCUCUCAUGAUGGAGGAAUUAAACCCUUACACUAAAAUCAGCCCGGCACACGGCUCUGAGAGACACUCAGCUGGAGCAAUCAUUGGUGUCAUAAUAUUACUACUGAUCAUCAUGACUCUGCUUGGACUCUUCCUUUGGUACCGUCAGAGGCAGAAGGACAAAGACCAUGACAUGCCCAACGUGUCCUACACACCAGCCAUGCGCAUGACCAGCACGGAUUAUUCACUCUCAGGUGCCUGUGGAAACGACAGACGGCAGAACACGUACAUUAUGGAAAACGGCUUCAAAGAUUGUGUGAAAGAGUCAGGGUGCGGCUCCAGCACCUGCUCACUAAGCAGCACUGAGAACCCUUAUGCAACCAUUACAGACCCCCCUGUGCAGCCCACCAAACACUCAGAGAACAGCUACGUGGAAAUGACAUCUCCUGUCCACACAGACGCCCCAUACUCAGAUAUACCACCCUCAUCCAAAGCUAACAAAAAUAUAUAUGACGUGGAACCAACGCUAAGCCUGCUACAGGAUGCCCAGCACCAGAUCCCCAACUAUAUGCAGAACCCAUAUGAUUUGCCACGGAACAGCCACAUACCCUGCCAUUAUGACCUUCUGCCUGUCCGACUCAGUCCCUCACAUGGGACUUUCUGGGAAAAGCAGAUGGACAAGCAGUCAUAGGAAAGCAAAGAAUUACGAGCAAGAACUCUUUCAUUCUGCAAUAUGCCCAUGGAGGGGAGCUGGCACCACCAGAUGCAUGCAUGACGUCAUUAGGAGACUUCUUUUUAUACCAAUAGGCUGUAUCUAUAGGACUUGUGACUGUCUACGUGUAUACAUGUAAACCAGCUCCCAAUGAUCACUCAUGACAACAUGGUGUACCGGGCAGUAGUAUCCUGGUGUAUCACAUCAAGCGUUGUUAUACACAUACACUCGGUCUCAGAUACUAUAUGUAAAUAGCUGUAUAUAGUGCUGUCUAUGAGUAGCUGUAUAUAAGUUCAACUCCUUGGGCCCCAGUCCACUUUGUUUAUGAGAAUAAGAUGUGAAAAAUGGUCAGCUGUAUCGAAAUAGUCAUGGUGUCAGUUUAAGCAAAACCGAUCAAUAUAUUCCAUGAUCUCUGAGCACUCCAUAGUCUCACGGCAGGAAUUAUUCAACCUAAAUAUUGCAGCUCUACCUAUUAGAGCCAUGUUCUUAAGUGUUUGCAGUUCAGACGUUCACAUGAUGAUGGUCACUCAACUAAAUAUCCCCAAAAUAAACGUUGCCAAGUAUA